AUGCAAGGCUUCCGCAACUAUAACAUCGAUGCGCUUCAGCAUCGGGAGCCGAACAGUGGUGGCCUGGCGGUUGACCUGAUGACGGCUCAUCAAUACAGCACGAAAGCAUCACCUCCACUAUCUCCGUUGAGCGGCUGCAAUAGUCCACCGAUGUCGGACCAUGGAGGAAACCAGCAGCAACCGCCACUCGACCCAUCUGUCCGACGCUACCGCACAGCAUUCACGCGAGAUCAACUGGCGCGCCUUGAGAAGGAAUUCUACAAAGAGAACUACGUCUCACGGCCUCGGCGCUGCGAGCUGGCAGCCCAGCUGAACCUGCCCGAGUCCACCAUUAAGGUUUGGUUCCAGAAUCGUCGUAUGAAGGAUAAGCGACAGAGAAUUGCGGUUGCCUGGCCUUAUGCCGCCGUCUAUUCGGACCCUGCCUUUGCCGCCUCCAUCUUGCAAGCCGCGGCCAAUUCGGUUGGCAUGCCCUAUGGCUAUCCUCCAGCGCCUGCGAUGCUCACUCAAAUGCCGGUUCUGCCACCGCCGGUACCAAGCGCGCCCGGUCUGGCAGCGGGCGCACAUGCCUUCACUUAUGGAUAUCCUCGGUAUGCUCCAUACGCAAUACCGCAGCGUACAGCUGUCCCAACAAUGAACACUGGAUUGCCUGCAACUUCUGGACCGAACACUGGACCGUAUUCGGGGACGACCUUGUUGGGUGGCACAAUGCUACCAACCCACUACAACAAUGAUACGCACAGCAUGCCAAAAUCGCAUACCCCGCCGCACGAUACGACGCAUGCUUCCAGUCCCGUCGCCUCACCACACUCAGCCAUUUCGCUUAGUCCCGUUUCCGAACGCUCGAAGUUUGACACAUCCACCUCGACCUCCAACUCGAGUAGCAGUAUCAGUCCGGUAAAGUCGUUGAACGGAUCCACCAAAGGACUUUUACUCGCUGCUGCAGCCGUGGCCGCCGUGAACCAAUCGGAGAUCUCUCCCAUCGCACCACAAACGACCUUGCUAACAAUGACCCCCGAGAAACCGAAACUCUUCAAACCAUACAAAUCGGAAGCAUAA